ACACAGACAAGCUGAGAGCUGCAUGAUGCUUGGCCAGGCUGACAGCCCCUGGGUUUCCUGGGUUUUGCAAAGCUUUCUGUUUACUUUGACUGUGCUAGAUUUUGCCUGCAGAUUAGAGACAGAGUGUGAUGGACGCAGGAACAGAUGAGACAUCGUCGACUUCCUGUAGCCCGGAUGUUGGAGGAAGCGCUGAGGGGCCCCUCGCUGCCCCCAUCAUGGCGUCUGCUCUCACUGUCCUCCUCCUCGACCUCAGGUACCCCAAACCCUCCAUCUCCCUGCGCCCCAGAGGCAGGGUCGCCCUGGGGGGAGCUGUGACCGUCCAGUGUCGGGGUCGGCACCAGAACAUGAGGUUCCUUCUGUACCAAGAUGGAAACCCAAAUGUGCUCCAGGACGCAGAACCUGCUGGGGACCUGGCUGAGUUUCCCAUUUGCGACGUGAGCCAGAGAGAUGCAGGGAGCUACAGCUGCUAUCAUCAUGACUAAGUGUACCGUUCACCUGGUCGCAUCCCAGCGACCCUGUGGAGCUGGUGGUAGCAGGUGAGGGGCCCGGCUCA